AUGAACUCAAAAUCAAUUUUACCACCAAGGAAAAGAGCUAAAACAAAGGAAGAGAAGGAACAAAGAAGAGUCGAAAGAAUAUUGAGAAAUAGAAGAGCUGCACAUGCAUCUAGAGAGAAGAAAAGGAAAUAUGUUGAACAUUUAGAAAGUCAUAUUAAAGCUUUGACUGUUAAUUUGGAAAAAUUCCAAAAAAACCAAGAGCUUUUAAUAAGUAAGUUAAAUGAUUCAAAAAUUUCUGUCCCAAACUUGAAUAAAAUCGAACUUGGUUUACCAGAAUUCAAAUUCGAUAAUAAGAAGUUUAUAAAGACUAAUCUCAGUAAAGAUGUUGAUGAUAAUGAUCUUGAUCUUGAUAAUGAUGAUGAUAUUGAAUCGGUCAAUGAAUACCAAGAGGCUAUUCCAGAAAUAGACUAUGACCAUGAUGAUCACCAUGACAAACAAUCAUAUGAUCAAGAUCAACCUAUUGACCAACCAGUUCACUAUACCUCAAGUUCAGAUUCUAAUUCUUCAAAUUCUUUUAUUGAAACUCCCGAAUUACUCAAUGAGAAUUUAAAUUUUAUUAAUUAUUUAUCACCUGUUUCAAUUAAUUCUCCUUCACCGAUCGAUUUAUCGUUGUAUAAUCCAAUUGAGUACAACUCAGAAGUAGUUGUAUAA